UUCAGCGAGCGGAGCCGUGGAAAUGGACGGCCGGAGGUCGGUGCCGGGACCCCCCGGGGAGGGAGGAGGAGGGCCUGAGCCCAACCGGACCAACGGAGCCAGGGGGGCCGCCAUCCGAGUGCUGAAGAGGAAUAUGAAGCGUAGUACGAGUAAGAACUGCUUGACCCAGAGGUGCUGCCUGGGCUCCCGGGAGCGGGACUGGCUGAGGGAAGACCCGGACCGCGGCUGCGUCUUCGUCUUCGGAUCGGAUCACGGCGCCUCCUUUCCCGACCUCCAUGUUGUGCUCUGUACUGUGGACACCGCGACCUCCGAGAUCUGCUUAUGUGAGGAAAUGGAGAGUUUGUACAUCCAGCUCCACGGGGACCUCGUCAGGAGGCUAGAACCCGAGGAGCGCCCCCUGCACAUCAUCUACAAGUACCUGUCAGACCUGGGAUUCCGGGACCCCCUGAGGAUACAAGAGGAGGCGGCCCACUCCGACCUCAGCUGCAUGAUCCGGUUUUAUAGCGAGAAGCCGAGCUCCGUGGAGCAGUUGGACCGGAUUUUGCUCUCGGGGGUCUUCAAUGUACGGAAAGGGAAAAUUCAGCUCCAUAAAUGGGCGGAGAGGCUGGUCGUUCUGUGCGGCACUUGCCUAAUUGUCUCUUCUGUGAAGGACUGUCAGACGGGGAAGAUGCACAUUCUGCCCCUUGUGGGUGGCAAGAUAGAGGAGGUGAAGAGAAGACCGCACUGCCUGGCCUUCUGCUCGGCCGAAGCACAAGCGCCCACCUACCACGUCAGCUUCGACUCCGCCGCAGAGUACCAGAGGUGGCACCGACAGGCUACUAAGGUGGUGUCCCAGAGGCUGAGCACUGUCGAUCUCUCGUGUCAGAGCCUAGAAGAGAUUCCCGAUCAUCUGUUCUACUGCCAGGACGUCACGUCCCUGAACCUCCGCCAUAACUUCCUGCAGCUGCAGGGUCCAGCAGGAGUGAGCAGUCUCUGCAGGUUCUCACAGCUGAAGGUUCUCAAUCUGUCGCAGAACAAGCUGGGAGAUUUCCCCUCGGAGUUAUGUCAGGUCUCCACCCUCACCGAGCUCAACGUCUCCGGCAACGGGCUGACGCACGUUCCUCCGCAGAUUGGACAGUUGCUCAGCCUCCAGACACUUAACCUUGACGGGAACUCCCUGACAUCGUUGCCUGACGAGCUCGGGUCUCUGCCGCAGCUAACGAGCCUUGGCCUUGCGUUCAACGACUUGAUGACCAUUCCCAAGGCUUUUGACAACCUUUCUUCUGUGGAGAAGUUGUGCAUGGCGGGGAACCGACUGGAGCUUCUUAACCUGCAGACACUCGUGACCAUGACGCAUGUGAAGGUCGUAGACUUGCGGAUGAAUCAUUUGACUCAAGUGACCGCCAGCAUGGAGGGAAUAAACCACAUCACGCAUUUCGAUGUGCGAGAUAACCAGCUGUCCUCCCUGGACCUUAGCUGUAUGGGGAACCUGGAACAACUGCACUGCGAAAGGAACCAGCUGAGGGAGCUGAGGCUGUGCGGCUUCUCCCUGCGGGCGAUCUAUGCCGGCUCCAACAGGCUGACCUUAAUGAAUGUUUACCUGGCGCCUUCUCUGCUCCACACUCUUGACCUGUCUAGGAACUGUCUAGCGUGGGUGCCGGAGUGGAUAUGUGAGACCAAGAAGCUGGAAGUUCUUGAUCUUAGCUGGAACGCGAUAGCAGAGCUGCCUCUCAGGAUAAUGGGCUCUUCUAGUCUGCGAAGACUGAUGCUUGGACACAACCAGCUGAAGAACCUUCCUUGCCCCAUGGAGUCCAUUCCUCUGGAGAGCCUGGAUGUGCAGCACAAUAUGCUGAGACACCUUCCAGACUCCCUCUUUACCGUAGCUUUAAAUCUCAGGUUUCUGAACGCAUCAGCAAACAUGCUGGAGAGCCUCCCGUCAAUGUUCAGCGGAGAGGAGAGUGGGACCAGGUUGCAAGCCUUCUACCUAACCAACAACCAACUAAUGGACCAGUAUGUUCCUUUCCUGACCAUCCAUACCAACCUCAGGGUUCUGCAUCUGGCCUAUAACCAGCUGGAGACCUUCCCAGCCAGCAAGCUCAACAAGCUGGAGCUCCUGGAGGAGCUGAACAUUAGCGGUAAUCGUCUGAAGUCGAUCCCCAGCACGGUGUCCAACUGCAAGCGACUGCACACGCUCAUCGCCCAUUCCAACUGCCUGAGCGUCUUCCCGGAGAUCUUCAACCUGCCGCUGAUCCAGCUGGUUGACCUGAGCUGUAACAGCCUGGUGGAGAUUGUGGCCCCGGAGAGCCUGCCUCCUGUCCUUCACGAGCUGGACCUGAAAGGGAACAUUGACCUGGUGCUGGACCAUCAACUGCAUGAUAUCUUCAGUCACAUCCCCAUCCUGAAAAUCGACAACAAACCUUUGCCAAAUUCUGACCUGCCGGUGACCUCCAUCUCCUGCAACCACGGCUUAGCGGAGAUGUCCGGCCAGCGGAACAAGCUCUGCGUCUCCUCGCUGGCCGUCAGCGACUUUGCCGACAGCGUGGAGGCUCUGUACGGCAUGUUUGACGGGGAUAAGAACGAGGAGGUGCCGCGUCUGCUGCAGUGCACUAUGGGAGAUGUGCUGCUGGAAGAACUGCAGCAGUCAAGCUGCGAGCGAACGUUCAUGUGCCACACGUUCCUCGUGUCACACAGAAAGUUGGGGACUGCAGGUCAGAAGUUGGGCUCCUCUGCGGUUCUGUGUUACGUGGGACGUGGCGGCGGCGGCGCCGAUCACAGCUUCUCCCUCACCGUGGCCAACGUUGGGACUUGUCAGGCCGUGGUGUGCCGCAACGGGCAGCCCCUCCCCCUCUCCAGGGUCUUCAGCUUGGAGCAAAGUCCAGAGGAACUUCUCCGGAUCAAAGAGCAAAAGGCGAUCCUCACCGAGGACAACAAGGUUAAUGGCGUCACCUGCUGUACCCGUCUGCUGGGCUGCACCUAUCUCCACCCGUGGGUGCUCCCGGAUCCUCAUAUCACCACGCUGCCCCUGACCGUGCAGGACGAGAUGUUAAUCCUGGGGAGCAAAGCAUUGUGGGAGUACGUACCAGCCACAGAGGCGGUUCAAACCGUCCGCCACCUCCCCGAUCCGCUGGCCGCUGCCAAGAAGCUCUGUACUUUGGCGCAAAGCUACGGCUGCCAGGACAACGUCGCCGCCCUGGUGGUGUGUCUCAAUAUCGGAGAGGACACCUGCACCUGUGAGAUGCACACACUAACGUUGCCUCACCCGUCCGGUUUGGCCUCCGCGGCGACCAAAGAGUCUCCCGACUCGGUCACGCCGUCCUCCAGCAGCGGCAUCGCCUCCGAGUUCAGCAGCGAAAUGUCCGUGUCGGAGGUGAGUAGCGAAGUCGGGUCUACGGCUUCAGACGAGCACGCCAUAGCCGGCCUAGAAGGAGGCCUCAUCCUGCGUCCCGAGCGCCGGUGCAGCUUGCACCCCGUCCCCUCAGCCAGCACCUUUCAGCGGCAGCCGUCUUGCGCCACCUUCUCCAGCAACCAGUCGGAGAACGGCCUGGACAGCGACGACGAGCUGCAGGCCGAAGGCCUCAUCAUGGGCAGCCGGCUGGAGGUGGAGGUGGACAUUCACUGCAGCAGGCAACAUUCCCCGGAACCUUCGGGUGUCGGCGCGUUCCAGGGCCUGGAGGAGGACGCUUGUGCGAUUUCCAUGCAGAUUUUACAACAGAACACCAUAAACCACAACCAGAGCCAAGAGAAGGACGACCUGCCUUCCUCGGUGUCCACGCUGAGCUUGUAUAAGAAGAAGCACUCCAACGGCUCCGUGGUGCCCCUCGAAGAAAUGCUCAACCUAAUCGAGGUGGCCUCCGAAGCUCCAAAGAGGAAAACCGGCUACUUCUCCGCUCCUUCCCAGAUGGAACCCGAGGACCAGUUUGUGGUUCCUCCACACUUGGAAAACGAGGUGAGGGAGCAGCUGCACGAACUGGAGUCAGCGGCAGAAGACAGCCGAGUCCACGCCCCCGAGGAGUUCGACACUGCCUUGUGACACCCCCCCAUGGAUCUCCAAAACCUGCGUGAUCCCACAAAUUGCACAUUUUACAACCGAAAUAUUGCCAGUUUGAACAAACAAAAAAAAAAACGUACUACUGAACCUUUUUGCUAAGAAAGGCGCGACUUUUUUUUUUUUUCGCUCAUUUACAUGGUCGAGGGAUCUGCCAAUCACAGCAUACCUCCUCAAAUCCUCCGCCCCAUUUUUUUUUAACACCAAUUUUUUUUUUUUUUGUGCAUUUAAUUUAUUAACACGUUUUUAAAUUUCCUGGUUGUUGAGCCAAUGAACAAAAAUGUGAAUCGAAUCCAAAUAUUUAUAUUUUGAACGAAGUGGAUCCUGUGGAAAGCGAUGGCGCCCUCAACCGCGGCUUGGUCCCUUUUUGGGAAUGCGUCCUGAAGCCCUUUGGCCUUCGCUGGCGUGUUAUCGGAAAGGGGAUUCUUAAAGGUGGGGGGACCAUCAUUGAAGAAAAAAAAACAGGUCUUCUGAUUUCUAUUUUUUAUCCGCACUUGAAUACAUUGUUACUUUUAGAACAAAAAUACGUUAUAUUGGUGCUUUAUAAAGAGCACGCUAAUUCUCAAAGAAAAUUUUAUUUUUUUAAAUUUCUGUGUCUAAGAGCUGCUCCAUAGCAUCUGGUUUGUAUCUAAAGCCAACAUUUUUGUUUUAUUUUGAAUAGAGGAUGUAGGGCAAUGGAUAUGCAAUUAGCGGACCUCCCAGCUGU